UGUUAUUUCAGAUUUUCCUCAACUUGUCACAUCUAAUAACUAUUUUAAUGUAUGUGUUUUCUUUUGAUAGGUUGUUACUGUUAAUUCAAGUGAUUAUGUUCUACACUAAUGUAACAAGGAUUACAAAUUUCUUCAUCCUGGGAUUUCCUGGACUUUCACAGGAGUAUUAUGGACCUGUGUCAGCCCUGCUUUUGGUUCUCUUCUUGGCUAUAGCUGUAGGAAAUAUUUUUAUUUUAGUGUUUGUUAAAUGUGAGAGGUCUCUUCACAAACCCACAUAUCUGAUAUUUUGCCACUUAGCACUAACUGACUUAAUGUUUGGGACUGUUACUCUCCCAAAGAUUAUAUCAAAAUAUUGGUUUGAUGACAGUAUUAUUUCAUUUUAUGGAUGCUUUGUACAAAUGUACUUUGUUCAUUUUUUGGGGGCGUCUCAUUCUUUCAUCCUGAUGGUGAUGGCCCUUGAUCGCUUUGUUGCAAUUUGUGCUCCACUGCGUUACACAGCUCUUUUCACAAAUAACACUGUUUCUGUGCUUUGUGGAAUAUCAUGGAUUUUGCCAAUGUCAUGGAUGGUGGGUAUAGUUUUAGAUACUUUGAGAUUGCCUUAUUGUAAUUCAAAUAUAAUUACACAUUGCUUUUGUGACCAUAUAGCAAUAACAGUGCUUGGAUGUGAGAACGUACGUGAAGUUCAGGUAGUUGCAUUUGGUAUGGCCAUGUUCAGUUUGAUGUUGCCUCUAGGUUUUAUCACCUUCUCUUAUUUUGUCAUCAUUGUUGCAGUUAUGAGAAUGACCAGUUCUAAUAGCAGCCGCAUGACAGCUCUGUCUACCUGCUCGCCACAGAUUCUCAUCACAUUUCUCUAUUUUAUGCCAAGAUGCUUUGUGUACCUGGCAAAUUUUGUGGGAUUUACAUUCAGUGUCCCAGUUCGCAUAGUUGUUGUAAUGCUGUACAGUAUUUUACCUGCUGCUAUUAACCCAUUAAUAUACUGUUUCAAAACCAAGGAUAUCAAAGAACACUUGAAAAAGAAAUUAGUUACUAGGAAAUUUAAUAGCAGCACAACUGGAUAA